CAUGAUGCAUGCAUGAUCAUUCUGUCCCUCAUUGUCACUUGGCGUAUCCUCUCGUAUCCUGAUGCAACAUGGCGCAACCUAGUGUCCCUAUGGUUCAGAUCCGCCGCUAGAUCUUCCACUUCAUCGUAAACUGAGUGCUCUUGACAGCUUCUUCCCCAUCCAUGAUCGAUCUAUCUUCUGAUGUCAACUUCUGUAACAUGGCGUAUCAUCUCGUACCCUGGUGUAACACGGCGCAACAUGGCGUAUCUGGUAAUUCUCUGUUGGGUUUUUGACUCUUCUGACAAGCGCCACGACUGUGUGCGAUUAUGAUCAAUGACCGAGUAGCGGACAUGAUGGCGGACAUGUGAGUCUUUAGUGGUGCCACUUGACAUCUUGAGAAGUAUGGAACAUCGAUUCGCCUGAAUUUGAGGUUUCAGCUUCGAGAAAUUUCCGAGGUCAUAUAUAUAUGGACAGAGGGCUCUCAGGUCCUUGCCUCCCGACAUCUGGCAGUAUCUGGCAGUAUUAUGGCAACUCCGGAAAGUCUCCUUACAGCUCUUUAUCCAUUCGUUCCUCUCCUCUCCUCGCAGAGAAGAUUCAACCCCGAUGUCAGCAAAAAAGUCCGUAGAUAUCUCAAUGCGCUAGCCCUCAUCAGCGUAGCACGCCCAGCAGGGGAUGUUAUUGCCGUAACUCUGGCUACGCGCAAGGAAGAGACCGCAUUAUACAUUGCGACCAAUGGGGGAGUAUCUCAAUCAGUCGUGGACCAUCUUCGAGCUGUGUGGCGCUGCCUUCGACAAAUAUCUCGAGGUCCCGCUGGUAGUUCUUCAGACUCGAAAGGUUUCUCUCAAGAGUUGCGAAUGGAGAUUGUCCAUCGGAUCUAUCACUUUACGUGGAAGAAAUUUCAGCGUCGUUUCAAUAAACGUGCACCUGUAUUUCUGGAAUCUGUUCGACGCUUGAUUGGCGAAAUGUCUGAUCAGGACCCUGCUCUGCUGAAGAAUAUCGAGUCUAGUUUCCUGAAAAUAGGAGCCCUGACACGGCUUGGCACUCCCGAAGACAGUGAUAUAGAUUCUCUUGUGGAACAGCUCGAUGCCAUCCAAUCGACUAUCUCAAAUCUGUAUGGUACAAUCCAAUAUGACGUUCGGCGGUAUCUUAAAAAGGUUCUUGCCCUCCGUAACCAUAUCAAUGACCUACUCUCGGUUGGAUGGGACAAAAAAUUCCAGUCGAUGCUCUCUGCGCCCCUACGCAUUGUUCCAAUUCCGGCCAUGUCUCGCCAAUUUAUGGUCAAUUUAGACGAUCCUGCUUUUGUACUCCAUUGCUUUGGAAGCCAAGAGGAGGUUCAUAAAGCGCGCCCCCGAUGGAUCAGAGAUGUACUCAAUAAAGUACGCUUGGAACUCACUAAAAAGAAGCACAUCUCGACCUUGGGCGAUGACACAUACUCUUGUGCUGAGGUUUACACUCAUUGCGAGUGCGCUUUGGUCGUAUACCUCCAGGAUCAUUCUGAGGUAAAUCCGAUUCGUUUCAUUGGUGUCUCUAAACUAUGUUGCCAGGUCUGCUUCACAUUCAUCCGUGUCUACAAAUUAAAAGGCCGGAUCCGUUAUCAAUACGCGGGCACUCACGGGAAGAUAUAUCUGCCAUACGUGUUUCCUGAGCUUCCAGAUGGCAACACCCCAAACUUGGAUGCUGAGGUCAGAAACGAGAUACUCAAGAUUCUAACAGAAGAUUUUCAAGAAGGCUGGACGCAGAAACAUAAAGGCCGACAAGUCUCGGAUAGCACAGCUGCAUCGUUCAUGACAUCAGACGACGAGGAGUCUAAGAGGGCUGUUGACGAAAGCGAAUCCACUUCAUCUUUACGAAUGACAUUCUAA